UACUAGUCAGUUAAAAUAUCAAAAUAGUGCUCAAAUACAAUCAAUAGCUUAAUAUUUGAUGACAAGACAAUUUAUUUCGAUUGUUUACAAAUCAAUAGUUUAAAAUUUAAUUUUAUCUAUUUAAUCAACUCAAUAAUGGGAAACUCAGCUGUUAAACAGCAUUUUGAGACAGCACAGCGUACUGGUGUCUUGAAGAUAUCUCAAAAAAGAUUAAAGGACUUUCCACCACAAUUAAGAGAGUUUCCCAAUGUCCUGCGUACUUUGGACUUGUCUGAAAAUCAUUAUGUUACUAUACCAGAAUUAAUAGGAAAAUUUACGCUGUUAAAGCACUUAAAUAUUUCAUCUAACAAGUUAGUUGCAUUACCAGAGGCUAUAGGAGGAUGCACAAAAUUAGAGACACUCAAUGCGAUGAACAAUGUCAUAACAGCUGUUCCACUGUGCUACGCAAAUCUAAGAAAUCUAAAAACAGUUAAUUUAAGCAACAAUCUUAUAACAGAAUUUCCAGUCAUGUUUGGUGGACUAACUCAUCUAGAUAUGCUAGAUUUAUCAAGGAACAAAAUUACAACGAUUCCUUCAGCAGCUAAAGAUUUAUACUGUACAGAAUUGAAUUUAAAUCAGAAUCAAAUAUCAUCAAUUGCUGAGGAACUAGCAGAAUGCCAAAAGUUAAAGACACUUCGUUUAGAGGAGAACUGCUUACAAAUAACGAGCAUACCAACAAAGAUACUCUCGAAUUCCGUAAUUUCCAACAUCACCAUUGAUGGAAAUUUAUUCAACAAUAAACAGUUCACGGAACUUGAAGGAUAUAAAAUAUACGAGGAUCGAUUCACAGCUGUAAAAAAGAAAAUGUUUUAAUCAUCAUAAAUUACGUGCUUU